AUGCAAGAUGGCAAACCAGUCGCUUUUGCAAGCAAGUCAUUAACCCAGACCGAAGCAAGAUACGCUAAUAUUGAAAGAGAGUUAUUAGCAGUCGUAUAUGGUUGCGAGCGUUUCCACACAUAUCUUUUUGGWAGGUCGUUCACAGUACAUACCAACCAUAAGCCCUUAGAAAGCAUUCACCUCAAGYAUCUAAUAUCUGCACCAGCCAGACUACAGAGGAUGUUACUCAGGCUUCAGCCAUAUGACCUGAAAAUUAAAUAUAUACCAGGCAAGGACAUGCUUAUAGCAGACGCACUGUCACRUCUCUCACCUGAMGAUAAAGACCCAAUAGACGACAUGGAGGUUCAAAUACACGAGGUCUACCCUCAGUUCAGUAGAAACAUGAUCGACAAGAUUCGUGAAAACACAGUCACCGAUCAAGAACUAGCAGUUCUCAAACAAGUUAUCUUUGAAGGUUGGCCAUCAACCAUCAAGGAAGUUCCAAAGAUCCUAAAGCCGUACUGGUCAUUUAGGGACGAACUUGGAAUUGAUGACGGCAUCCUAACGAAAGGUCAAAGAAUAAUCAUUCCCUCGACGCUACAGGAUGAGAUUCUAGAGAAGCUACAUGCAGCACACCAGGGGACUGAGAAAACGAAACUCAGAGCCAGGACCGCAGUCUACUGGAGAAACCUUAACAGUGACAUUGAUAAAAUCACGCAAACAUGCACAACCUGUCAGAAGCACCAGACAUCUAAUGCAAAACAACCUUUGAUACCAACAGAGAUACCACCACGACCAUGGCACACCAUUGGAACUGACUUAUUUCACUUACUCGGCUCUGAUUAUCUUUUAAUAGCCGAUUAUUACUCGAAAUACUCAUUUGUUAGGAAGAUACCUAAGGGACAGAGUAAUAGCAGAACCAUCAUCAACAUGAUGAAACAGAUAUUCAGCGAACACGGAAUACCGACCACUGUUCGAUCGGAUAACGGCCCUCAUUAUGACAGCUUCGCCUUCACAGAAUUUGCCAAAGAAUAUGGAUUUCAACAUUUAACCAGCUCCCCUCAUUAUCCUCGAGGAAACGGCUUCAUAGAGAGUCAAGAUGAGAUUCUAGAGAAGCUACAUGCAGCACACCAGGGGACUGAGAAAACGAAACUCAGAGCCAGGACCGCAGUCUACUGGAGAAACCUUAACAGUGACAUUGAUAAAAUCACGCAAACAUGCACAACCUGUCAGAAGCACCAGACAUCUAAUGCAAAACAACCUUUGAUACCAACAGAGAUACCACCACGACCAUGGCACACCAUUGGAACUGACUUAUUUCACUUACUCGGCUCUGAUUAUCUUUUAAUAGCCGAUUAUUACUCGAAAUACUCAUUUGUUAGGAAGAUACCUAAGGGACAGAGUAAUAGCAGAACCAUCAUCAACAUGAUGAAACAGAUAUUCAGCGAACACGGAAUACCGACCACUGUUCGAUCGGAUAACGGCCCUCAUUAUGACAGCUUCGCCUUCACAGAAUUUGCCAAAGAAUAUGGAUUUCAACAUUUAACCAGCUCCCCUCAUUAUCCUCGAGGAAACGGCUUCAUAGAGAGUCAAGUAAAGACAGUCAAGGCUGUCCUCCUGAAAGCUCUCGAAACCCAACAGGAUCCCAACAUGGCUCUCCUCUGUCUGCGCACCACGCCUAUUGACAGCAAGCUUCCAUCGCCUUCAGAAUUGUUGCUAGGAAGAAAGCUGCAAGACAAUCUACCACACUCAAUCAGUAGGAGCCCAUACAGCGAUCAAGUCAUUGAUCGUCUACAGGAGAGACAGGAAAYUCAGAAAUACUACCAUGAUCGCCACAUCAGAAAUCUGCCAAUUGUCCAUAGUGGUACUAAUAUCACGGUACAAAAUCCCGCAACCAAGAAAUGGGAGCCGGCUGUCGUUACAGAAAAGAUGAACAAUGUGCCACGCUCGUAUAUGGUUACAACCGAAAAGCGAAGUGAGCCUAUAAUGAGCCAGCAGAUCCUGUGA